AUGAAAUUCGGAUAUUUACCAAGUCUUCCCAAUGCAUUACUAUCAGCAGAUGCGAAAGAUUUGGCUAUUCGCAAAUUUCAAAAGUCUUAUGGUCUACCAAUAACUGGUCACAUUGAUGAACGGACUGUGAGUGCAAUGAAUGAACCAAGAUGCUCUCUUCCAGAUUUUGAUAAUGGAGUAGGAAGAUGGAGUCGUCAUUUGCAUCCACAGCAUGUUGAAGAAACUCUAAGGAGAGCUCUCGAUGUAUGGGAAAAAGAAGCGGACGUCAAAUUUGUCAAAGAGCAGAAUCCAAUCAUCUCUGUGAAUUUUGGGGUUCGGGAUCAUAGCUGUCCUUUCUUGUUUGACCCUACUGUUUUGGCCCAUGCUUUUAUGCCAACUGACCCUAUAACUGAUUUGACAGGCGACGUUCAUUUUAAUGAUGAGUUUACAUGGACUACUUCUGAAUACAGUAGUCAUGAAGGAAUAUCUUUGCUUUCCGUAGCUACUCAUGAAAUUGGUCAUGCCAUCGGCUUGACGCAUAAUAUGGAUGAAGCCGACAGUAUCAUGUCACCUCGAGAUCAACAUAGGAAAACCAGAAUUACAGAAAGAGAUCGUUACUAUCUUCUAGCAUUAUAUGGAAGAGCGAAAGGGUCACCAGAAGUAGAUACUGCUCGUCCCACUUAUUCACCAGGAACAGAGCGCGAGCGGAAUCACUAUCACACUGACACCAUAAAGCCCAACCCAUGUACUUCGAAAAUUGAUGGCAUCGGAACAAUGCGUGGAAACUUUUUUGUCUUCAAGGAUGAAUGGAUGUGGGUUUUCGCAUAUGAUGGUACACUGUUUCGUGAGCCCGAGUUAAUAGCUACCGCUAUUCCUAACAUGCCCUAUCCUGUGGACUCUGUUCUAGAAGUCGAUGAUGACUUAUGGUGUUUCAUUGGCACGGAAGUUUACGUUAUUCAUAUGACUCAACAGGGUCUACGAGUUAAACAUGCUCCUUAUCGUCUGGCAGAUUUUGGUAUCGACUCCAGUGUCAAACAUAUAGAUGUGGCUUAUGAAUGGUUUUAUGAACCUUAUCGAUGGUGUUAUAUAUGGAGUGGCUCACAAUACUGGAAGAUUGAUAUACGAGCAAGACGAGUAGAAGCUACCUAUCCACGAGAAAUCAACAAGGGAUGGAGAAGUGUUCCGUUGCGCUCAUCUGCCGGUUUCACAUACGAUGGAGAGCUUCACUUUAUCCAAGAAGGAAUGGUUUAUAGAAUGAACUCCUCCGAUUUUCGUCUGCCAGUGGCCACUGGAUAUCCUAUUCCGACCUCAAAUUUCUUCAAGAGUUGUCCCAAAUCAAAAGCGAAUUACAUUUCCAAUGCAUCCCUCCGUUUUUUCAAUUUCAAAAUGAUUUUAAUCGAAGUAUUUCUGGUCAUACUUAUCAUUACGGGUUUCUGA